UCGACGUCACGGGUCAGGUGCGGUUUGUAGCUGUCCUUGAUAUACAUUGGAAAAAAGCUUUUCGCGUCAAAUGUUAUAACCAUGCGGAGAAGACGGCGCACCCACCUACUCAUGUAGAAACAUUCCCCUGACAGAGAAGUUUUUGAGUAAAGCUACGAGUGUAGUGCGCACAGAUAGCGAAGGAGAGGAUAGUAGCGGCGGUGCAGUACGCGGGGCAAUCGCCGCCAACAGCUGCUUGACCCGGAAUAACAUGGCAAAGAUUCUCACGACUGAGACCCAAACGACGAUACUGCCUUUUUGUGAGCACUGCUCCAGCAGCCCCAGCUUCAAGCAUAUCCAGGAUUUCAUCAGACAUUUGCGAGAGGAGCACUGUACCCGGGAGGGUGGCUCGUUUGUCUGUCGCUAUGGUUAUAAUGGAGUCUGCUCCAGCCUACCUCUGGAGGGUGUCUCGGACAAAGACUAUAUAACCCAUGCUAUCAAGCACGCAAGUAUGCAACAGCAACAACAACAGCAUAAAAAGAGCAAUGGCCAAAUUCCUGGAGUUUCAGCAGAUGCUAGCUCUUGGUCUGUUUACUCAGCAGCUCAGAACUUGCCUGCUGUUCUUAAUGAUCCCAAUAAAGGCAAGCAAAGCAAUUUCCUCACAAAGACCUGGGGUGAUUCAUUUGUGGAAAAGGUAGAGAUUCCCAAGUGUUUGUAUCUCCCUGAUGUUACUGUGCAGCACUUUGAAUCUUAUCUCAAAAAAAUUACUAGGAGAUAUCGUAAGCAUACACGACUGAAUGCUAAUGCAAAUCUUCCUCCAAGUUUACCUCAUGAAUUGCUGCAGAACUUUCCUAAUCUUCGAAAAGUCAAAACAUUCACUUCUAGCAAUGAUCCAAUGGAUCGGUCACAGUUUGAUUUGAGUAGUAUACCUAAAAUUUUUCUCAAUCCAAACUUAGAACUAUCAAAAAAAACAAAUUUCUAUGAAGUUUUUGCUUUUUCUAAAGAAGGCUUACUAGGUGAAGGUAAAAACAUAAGUCACAAUGUCAAGCAAAUGCAAGAAAAGCUUACACAAUAUUUAGAUGUUGUGGAAGUGAAAAUAGCUGAACAAGUUGCUUCAAAAUCUCAAGCAUUUUUUCAUGCUAUGACUUCACAUGAUGUGCUAAUGGAUCAGUUAAGACAAACCCUUACUGUUCUAAAAGCACUUCGACAAAAUAUUCAUGAAAUUGACAGUAACAUUGUGAAAAAUUCUCUACAAGUUUUAAGAUUAGAACGAAAAAGGUCUAAUUAUUUAGUAGUGGAAGAAAAGUUAAAACUUAUUGCAACAGUUCAUCAAAGUCAACCGAUGAUUCAAUCAUUGCUCUCAACACCAGAUUACGUUGCUGCCUUAGAUGUUAUCUCUACAACUCAAGAAAUAUUACUUCAAGAAUUGAAUGGAAUACAUAGUUUUAGGCAUUUAGGAUCACAAUUAUCAGAAAUGGAAAAACUUAUUAAUAAAAUGUUGUAUACCGAAUUUGAAAGGUAUGCAACAGCAGAUUUAAAUAGGCCACUUGAUGGGGAUAACACAGUACUAGAUGGGGAUAAAUUAGUUUCUAUUAUAUCUGGUUUGCUACGCCAAAAACACUUCCAAUUUAUAGAUACAUACAAAGAAGAAGCAAUUACAACAGUAAGAGCUGUAACAAAGCAGCAGGUUAUUGAAGCAUUAGCCGAUAGUGAUUGUUGUAGUGAUCAACAAGCAGCUGCUCUCGAAGUCGCUGGUCUUUCUCUCAAUGACCGCUUGAAACUUUUAGAUCAUACAAUACAAUCACUGACCUACCUUUUAUAUCGAAUUAGAGCUGUGCAAAAUGUAAUGAAAGAUACAGCGGAUAUGGCAGCCGGGAAAACGAUACCUGAAAGAUCUAGUGAGCCUUUAAUGGAUCGUUUAUUAUCAGACGAACAUCACAUGCGUGUCACUACUAAAUUGUCAGAUAUGCUAACUGCGGUAUGUGAUUACUGCCACGAAAGAUUAGGCACUCUUGUAUCCGCGAGUCCUAAUGAGAAUGAGAAGGAAAAGAAUACAAGCGAGACUUCCAAUAAAUCAGUUGAUAAAGAAACUACUACUUGGAAUGAUAAAUCAUGGUUGAACGAGAGAGCGACUACUGCACAAGUUUGUAAACUAGCGUAUAUCGUUGAAGGUUUCACAAAUACUUGUGAAAAAUUGUGCGGGAAACAGUGCAUUGCACUUCGGUCUGCUUUUAAGGCACAAGCAAGUAAAUUUGUACAAAAAUUCCAUGCAGAUCGAAAAAACAAAUUAAGCCAAGUAUUAGAUUCGGAAAAGUGGAAGCAGGCCGACAUUCCGCCUGAAUUUCAAGCACUGAUUACUUCAAUACACAAAAACGAAUGCUUCCCUUAUGAGUUGAAUAAAGAUGAUAUUAACUACAGUGAUAAAUCGGUUAAUGUUAUUUAUAUUGGCGAUGAAAAGUAUGCGGUUGUAGGAACAGUUUUAUUAUUAGUUCAAAUUAUACAGGAAUAUUGCAGAACUGCCAGUGAACUGUCAGCAUUAUCAAGCAUGAUAGGUCGACAAUUGGCUGAGGUAUUACGUCACUACAACUCGCGUUGCUGUCAACUUGUACUUGGCGCUGGCGCUAUGCAAGUAGCAGGUCUUAAGACUAUCACUAGCACAAUACUUGUUUUAGCAGGUCGAAGUUUAAAACUAGUACUGUGGCUGAUGCCUUUCGUUAAAGCGCAUUUUCAAGCUCUCGCAGAACAGAAUUCUAAUCACAGUGUAAUGGGUAUACCGACAAUGAUCGGAGGAGUUACUUUGCUGGAUACAGUGGAAAGAGAUAUUCGAUCGCACAUUCGUGAAAUUGAAGGAAAAAUAUUGACAAUUGUAGAUAAUCUUAUGGGAGGUCAAAUAAACAGUUGGGCUGUGAAACCACCGGUGCCAUCACAGUCUUUUAGAAAUAUUUCUAGACAUUUAAUAAAGUUACACGAAGCAGUGUCAGGUAUUCUUCCAAACGACGAAGUGCAAUCACUCUACCGAAUGGUCAACAUGUCAUUUAAAGAUAAGCUUCGAGAACAGUUAAUCAAAAUGAACAUCGUAAACAAUGGUGGUCCACAGCACGGAGUGGUUACGUCCGAGUUGACAUUUUACUUGGAAACCCUUCGAAAUCUCAAAGUGUUACCGGCUGAGGAAUUAAGCAACGAUAGCUUGGACGACGUAUGGUCUAGAUAACAUGCAGAGCGCGUUCUUUACUGCAUCAUUGACGCGAUUAGUCGAUACAGGGAUAGCUGACCACUGAUAACAAUCGCGUUAGUCGUUUAAUUCGAUAUAUGCCUAUCCAUUGCCUAAAUUUGGGGAGUAACCUCGUGUACACAUGCGCGCACAUAUACACGAAAGCAGACUGACGCGAGUAGACUUUAAUGCAGAGAUUUAGAAGGACCAAAAUAUCUACAUUUUUAUUAUAUUACAUGAGAUAACUGAUAUUUACGCGAGAUUGAUGUCAUUAAAGGUAUCAAUCUACAUAAAAAAGCUAAUCCCGAAUUCACUGCCACUGGAUAAUGCUUUCAUGAUUCUUUAUGAAACAAUUCUUGUACAUUUAUGGCUUUUUUAAAUUUCGGUAUGUGAAAGGGGACGCUGAAAAAAAAAAUUUUUAAUCAUAAAAGAAUAAUUAUUUACCACUUUUUUAUAGUGCAAUGCGUUUAUGAAAAUUUGAUAUUAUUUUUUUUUCUAGUCUACGUCCUAAAUAAUUAUUCUAUUGGUUGCUCAUAUGUAUAGUGCGAAAAAAAUGGUAGUUAGAGAUCAAGUUACAUAAUUUUCGAGUUGUAAAUAUAAGCAUUAAUUCGAAAAUACACAGAUAAUUUCCCUUAAAAAAAAGGAUUCUUUGUUAAGACUGAUGAACUACGUCGUACUGGUGGGUCGUGCCGAGAACACGUCAUCAAAUAAAGUAAAAUUACAAGGCAAGAGAACUUUGAACGAAUGUACUAGUUAUUAUUCCAAGAAGCUUGUUACUCCGAGAAGCAGGCAACGUAGUUUAGCAAUUGUAGUAAUUUUCAGAGAGAGUUCAUGCACCGCAGUCAUAAAUCUAAUCUUUGAUUUUGGCCUUAUCCUGCUGCGUGCAGACUAAGGCAAAUCAUUGAACAUGCAGCGUGUGUUAACAGAAAAUCAAAAUAAAAAAAAUAAAUAAAAGAAGCAAAGUAAAACUUUAAGUUACGUGCAGAAAUAGACAUCAGCAUUCUUGUUUUAACGCAGCACUGAUAUAUGCUUCAGGCAGAAAAAUUGUAAUGAGAAUUCUAGUCGACUUUCAUAUUUACACCGAUGUUUCGAUAAAAUUUAUUUCCAUGGCAAACAAUGGUUGUUUAUUAUAUCGUCCAUGUACAAUAAAACUUGUAGAUAGAGAAAGAAGCGCGUAUAGAGAGCCGACGAUAUUUAAUCUUAUUGUCUGUAUCGCAUUCUGUUCAAUGGGUGGAUAUUGUAUGCGUGCGAGUUACGUUCCCAUGGCAACUAGUGCGAAAACAGAGCGCGAUUCACCGAGUGUCCACGAUUUUACGCGGUACGAGAGUACACAAGAGCAAGUUGCAUUGUUGAUUUGGAUCUCGGAUUUACCAUUUUGUAAAUAUGACCGGUAGAGCGGCGUAAGUAAUUCAAUAAACUAUAACGUAGU